CUCCUAUUUGUUUUGAAGAGAAAGGAAUCGCAAAAAAUGAACAAAGAGGAAGAAGACGCAUUCCUAAAAAUUCUGCUUGAGUUCAGCGAUACAGUGGAUCCCAUGACGCUGCUCCUCGACUUACCAUGUCUAUCUCGAAGUGCAAGAAAAAAUGUAGUGAACUCGCAGACAGGAGCAUGGUGUGGCUCGAGUGAAAAAGCAGCUCUAAGGCUACAUGGUGCUUUAGCUAAGAGGCCAGAAGGAUUCCGAGAGAUCGUGUUGGCAUUAAGGAGGCAUAAUCAUGACGAGCUCGCAGACAAAUUAGACCCUCGUCAUCAAAUACAAGAAAAAGAUACCACUCUAUGCUUAGAAGUCCGCCAUCUUUCUGAUAUGCCAACUGGUGCCGGCGUAAAUAUGUGCAAAACUACGAAAACUGUUGUUGCAGCAAGACAGAUGACAGAACCAAAUAUUGGAUCGCCGGGCUAUGUCGGAGGACCGAGGUUGUCGUUGUCUGAGCAGUUUCAGCAACCAAAACCUGUAAUUAGCGGUCAAACAACAACCAACUUGCCUGCACCGACCUGGUCAAUGUCCCAAAGACCAACAUGGUGUUCAACGAAUGAAAAGUCUUCAAUACACGAUUCUUAUGGUGAACCAGUACAGGAUGUUGAUAUUGCGAAUAAUUUUGGUGAAGAUUCCGAUUCUGAUAAUAAUAAUGAUAAUAAGGAAAACAAUAAAGAAGCCCAUGUUGCCAAAAAAUGCACAGAAAAUACGAGUGAAUUUAAAAUGGUGAUUGUUGAGACAGAAUUAAAUCUUCCGAAGUCACCUGCAGACGAACUUCUUCUGAAAAGAAAUGAGCUACGAAAUCGGGUAUUUGAAGAAAAAAUAGCAAACGACAAUAACAUUGAACAUAUGCACUCUGAAUUAUUUCCAUCAACAUCUACAACUGGAAUAGGGUCCAGCUGUUUGUCGUCUGUCGGAAAGAUAGAUGUCAAGAUAUCCAACGAAGAAACACUCAGACAAUUUGAAGUGAACGAAGGGGCAUCAAAUAACAAUAGUGCCAAAGAAAAAGGAAACACGAAAACAGAGACUCGAGGAAAAUAUAGCUGUGAAAAUUACAUAGAUCAUUCCUUAGAGGACAAACAUAUUCACGUCCCUGAACACGUUGAGAGCGAUACGGAACUAGACAGUAUACGAGAGAAGGGAAAAAAUAAAGAUUUGCCUGGUUUUCGCGAAAGUCAGGAUCUGGAUUCAGCUGAAAAUAAAGGUCAUGAUUCAGUAUUUGCCAUCAGUAGCGAGGACCAAAGUGCAAGUAGUUCAACAAUACUAGAAAAUCAACGUACAGACUCACCAGGCAGUGUUUGGCCUCCAAAUUUUGAUCAACCGCGUGAUGUGACUGUUCACAGAGAACAUGAACGUCGUACGAACAAUAACAUUUGUGAAAAUGUUAGUGUAGAAGGGCAGUCAACAGAAACACGAUGCCAAUCUUCAAACAUGUAUGUUAACGGUGUGGUGUCAUGGUUACUAUACAUUGGUGAUAAGAUGUUGUAGUUGUAAUCGUAACACCGCUUUUAUAUGAUAAAAUGCCUCGCAUUUGUUUUCUUAUUGGUGUCAAGUUAUCAGCGCGCUUUAUGCUAUUGAUGAUUUAACAGAGAGUGCUGAUUUGCAUAAUUCUUAAGUGCUUUGAAGUAAUAUUUUAUCAAAUGAGAUGACAGUAUUUUUUGAAUUCGUCGCGCAUUUGUGUUGGUUAAUCAGCGAUCAGUAGAUGCAGUGUUAGACAAGGCCAACAGACAACUUAUUUGUUAUACCACUUUGCCGAUUAGUGUUUGUUAAUUUGCAUAUAUGCGAUGAAAGUUAUGUUCGCGCCAGACCUGACCUCUUGUAAAUUAACAGGCAAUCUAAUCGACUGUUUGAAAUGUGAGGUGCAAUAGAAUAAAUAUAUUUUGAAUUUA